AUGGACGAAACGGGGAUAUCAACAACCUCAAAUAAGCCACCAAAGGUUAUCUCCGUAAAGGGGAAAAAACAAGUAGGCAUGAUUGCAAAUGCAGAACGUGGACAAUUGCCAACCAUCAUCGGAUGUUGUAAUGCAGCUGAAGGAAGAUGCAAGCAAGACUUCUUGAUGGAAGCCCGCCAGACUCAAGGAAUCAGCACACCUAAUGGUUGGACAUCAGGCGAAGUAUUCUUGAACUGGAUGCAUUUCUUCGUAGAGCAAGUAAGGCUAACAUCAGACAAAAAGGUCCUUUUACUAUUAGACAACUAUGAAAGCCACAAAUACUGCCCUGCACUUGAGUAUGCCACUAAGAAUAAUGUGGUCAUAUUAUCCUUAGCACCGCAUCUUACUCACGAAAUGCAACCUAUGGAUGUUGCUGUGUACGGCCCACUGAAAACUCAUUUUGAAAGGGAAGUCAAUAUUUUUCAAAAAUCUCACCCCGGUCGCAUCAUCAACCAGUACGAUGUAGCUAGAUUGCUAGCACCAGCUUUUAUCAAAACUGCUGUGGCCAUCAUUGCAGUGCAUGUAUUUGAACGACCUGGAAUUUGGCCUAUAAACAAUCACGCUUUUGGUGAUGAGCAUUUUGCACCAGCCGAGGUACUUUCAGGGCGUUCUCAGUCUCAACACGACGUUAAUAUGUAUGCUGCAGACCGACCGUGCACUCCUAUGGGAUCUGACACUAAGAAAGAAACCCACGACAAUUAUGCUCCCAACGCUUCACCUGGACCUGGAUGUUCUAAGACCUACUAUAGUUUUUCAGUUUUAAGACCUAUGCCUCAGCCUGCUAGACCAACAACAUGUAAACGGAAGUUACAAAGAUAUAAUAUACUGACAAGUUCUACAGUAAAAGAAGAGCAGAAACAGAAAUUUGAAAAAGGAAAAAAGCCUGUUUUAAAGUCAUUAGAUGAUGUUUCGACUAACGCUUCCCAGAAGACUGUUAAAAAAAAGUCUAUUAAAUCUAAAACAUCUGCUGAAAAGCCUAAAAAGACUACCAAAGGAAAUAAAAAGCACAAGAAAAUAAUGAAAUUUGUUGAUGUCAGCUGCUUUUUUGUGUGGAGAAGGAAACAGUAG